AUGACUACUAGUAAUGCUCAACCAGAACGACUUGAUACAUUGCAAAGACUUGAACUUGAAUCAACUAUUGGAUUCGAAGGACAAGUUCCCCAUGGACUUAAAUUACAUCCCGAUCGUGUUCAUAUGAUUUAUCCAUUAGGAUGUAAUUUAGUUAUUGAAAAUUUACAAACACGACAACAAGAAUUUCUUCUUGGACAUAAUAAUAAUGUUUCUUGUUUAACUAUUUCAAAUAAUGGCAAAUAUAUCGCCUCAGGUCAAGUGACAUUUAUGGGUUUUAAAGCCGAUAUUAUCGUUUGGGAUUAUUCAAAUCGUGAUCCAUAUGCUCGUCUUGUUUUACAUAAAGUUAAAAUUGAAGAUUUAAUUUUUACUGCAUCAGAUCGUUAUCUUAUAUCAUUGGGAGGACAAGAUGAUGGUGCAAUUAUCGUCUGGAAUAUUGAAACUAAAGAACCUGUAUGUGGUAGUCCAGCUCAACACAAAAGUGCUGGUAUAACUUAUUGUUUGGCUGCAUCGAAAGAAGAUGAAUAUCAAUUUUACAGUGCUGGAAAUGGUACACUUCGAUUCUGGCAAUUGGAUGUACCUAAUCGAAAAAUUCGACCCACAGAUAUUAAUACAGGUGUUGUUAAACGAAUUGUUAAAUGUAUGACUGUUUCACCGGAUGGUGUCAAUCUUUAUUGUGGAACAACAACAGGUGAUAUUCUUAUGAUUUAUAUUCCUGCUACACAAUUUAAAACAAUUGGACCUGAAAAGAAAAAAUAUUCUAUGGGUAUUACAGCUAUGAAAGCAUUAGUUAAUGGUGAUGUUUUAAUUGGUACAGGUGAAGGAAAAGUUUAUAUUACCGAGAAGGAAACAUUUAAAUCAUUAAAAUCUUUGCAAGCUCUUGGUGAAAUUACUUCAUUAGCGUUGAGAGGCGAAGGUCAUAUGAUUUUUAUCGGUACAAAUCGAUCACAUAUAUACAAAAUAAAUUAUGCCGAUUGGAAAAUGGAAUUAAUAAAUACAUGUCAUAAUUCUCCAAUACAAGAUAUUGCAUUUCCAUUUGGAACUUCAGAAUUAUUUGGUACGUGUAGUUAUCAAGAAAUUCGUAUUUGGCAUGCAUCAACUGGUAAUGAAUUAUUACGUAUUUCACAAGCCAAUAAAACAUGUAAUUCAAUUUGUUUUACUCGUGAUGGUAAAAUGAUUAUUAGUGGAUGGGAUGAUGGUCGUAUACGUGCAUUUUAUCCUGAAUCUGGUCGUGAAAUGUUUACAGUCAAUGAUGCACAUCAUCGUGGUGUUACAGCAGUUGCUGUAACAAAUGAUUGUCGUCGUAUAGUUAGUGGUGGUGGUGAAGGAAUGAUUCGAGUUUGGCAAAUAAAUUCACAUUCACAAGAACUUUUAGCAACAAUGAAAGAACAUAAAAAUGCUGUUGUUGCAAUUCGUAUUAAUAAAUCGGAUACAGAAUGUGUUACAGCAUCACUUGAUGGUACUUGUAUUAUUUGGAAUUUAAAACGUUUUGCACGUAAUCAAGUUUUAUUUGAAAAUACACUUUUUCAAUGUGUUGCUUAUCAUCCUGAGGAAUAUCAUAUAAUAACAGGUGGUACAGAUAGAAAAAUAGCCUACUGGGAAGCAACAAAUGGUGCACAAAUACGUGAAUUAGAAGCAUCAAAAAGUGGAACCAUUAAUGGACUUGAUAUUGAUAGUGUUGGUAAUUAUUUUGUUACAGUUAGCGCCGAUAAAUUAGUGAAAUUAUGGCGUUAUAAUGAAGGCGACGUACAUAGUGUCGGUAUUGGUCAUGGUAGUGAAGUGAAAAAAGUUAGAAUCUGUCCAAAUACUCAACAUAUUAUAACUGUUGGUGCCGAUGGAAGUAUUUUUCGAUGGAAAUUUCCCAAAACAGCUGUUUGA